GGAGUGUGAGAUUUGUGAGGGCCUUGGGCACUCUUGCAGUGGGCCUACGAACAGAUGCCCCCCUGGUUUUGACAGAUGUGCCGUUAUCUGUCAGAGACUACAGUGGGAACAAAGUUGAAGGCCAUUGUGAAGAGUUGUGUGCCAUCCAGUGCCUGCAACAAUGGCGUCACCAUCAUCAAUAUGGGCCAGACAGGAAGAGUAGCGACCCAAAUUUUCUGCUGUGUGGGGGACGAGUGCAGGACAAUGACCCCCACCUUGACGCCCGCAAAGCCAAAGCCGAAUGGCAAAGUUUGCCCAGCCUGCUAUGCUCUGCACAGUCUUGAGUGUGAGGAGGAGGAAGAGGUCAAAUGUUCUGGGGAUGAGAACUAUUGCCUUGCCUUGUCUGGGACUACAACUGCAGGUAGCUGAAUGCAGAAGCAUAUGCAGAAGCAAAUCUACACUCCACACAACAACUCAGACUGGUCUUUAUUAUUUCA